UGUCACCAUGGUGACGGGGCUGUGCCCAGGGAGGUUGUGAUGGGUUGACAGGUGCGUGACAAUCGGAGCUCUCUGCAAGCAUGUACGCCAAAGGCAAGAGUAGCAACGUGCCGUCCGACAGCCAAGCCAGAGAAAAGUUAGCUCUGUAUGUGUACGAGUACCUACUGCAUGUAGGGGCACAGAAGUCAGCACAGACCUUUCUUUCAGAGAUCCGAUGGGAGAAGAACAUCACAUUAGGAGAACCUCCGGGGUUCCUCCACUCAUGGUGGUGUGUUUUCUGGGACCUGUACUGUGCGGCUCCAGAGAGAAGAGACACAUGCGAACACUCCAGUGAGGCCAAGGCCUUCCAUGACUACAGUGCUGCAGCAGCUCCCAGCCCCGUCCUUGGGAACCUUCCCCCAGGAGACGGCAUGCCAGUGGGGCCAGUCCCUCCAGGAUUCUUUCAGCCAUUUAUGUCACCUCGAUACCCCGGAGGACCCAGACCACCCCUGAGAUUACCCAAUCAGGGACUUGGAGGAGUCCCAGGUGGUCAGCCUAUGUUACCCAGUGGAAUGGACCCUACCAGACAACAAGGACAUCCAAAUAUGGGAGGACCAAUGCAGCGGAUGACUCCACCCAGAGGCAUGGUACCACUAGGGCCCCAGAACUAUGGAGGUGGGAUGAGACCUCCACUGAAUGCUCUGGUUGGUCCUGGGAUGCCUGGCAUGAACAUGGGACCUGGUGCGGGUAGACCCUGGCCAAAUCCUCCAAACUCCAAUUCGACUCCUUAUUCUUCUGCAUCUCCAGGAAGUUAUGUGGGUCCUCCAGGGGGAGGGGGGCCACCUGGGACCCCAAUAAUGCCAAGUCCAGCAGAUUCAACCAACUCUGGCGACAACAUGUACACUAUGAUAAACACAGUCCCUCCAGGUGGAAGCCGACCAAAUUUCCCUAUGGGUGCAGGUGGUGACGGUCCAUUAGGGGGAAUGGCUGGAAUGGAGCCCCAUCACAUGAAUGGGUCAUUAGGGUCAGGCGAUAUGGACAGUCUCCCAAAGAACUCACCUGGUAACCUAAGUAUGAGUAACCAGCCCGGGACCCCGAGGGAGGAUGGAGAGAUGGGAGGAAACUUCCUUAACCCUUUUCAGAAUGAAAGUUAUUCUCCAAACAUGACGAUGAGUGUGUGAAGGCUCUGGAAGCAGGUUUGGUCAGUCGCUCAGUAAGAUGGUGUGGAUCGGUGAGAAGCAGAGAGACAGGAUGUGAUGUCAUCUAAGCCAGUGACUCUUCCUCCACCGCCAACCUGCCUAGUCGGGACAGUUGCCAGAGGUUCCGUCCUUCUACGACCCCCACCCCACCCUACCCACCAUUGUUUUUGUCCACGUCUCUUCUCUCCUGUUUCUUCU